AUGAAGAAAUUUGGAGUAAGCCUUUGGUAUAUUCUGAAAGGAAAUAAGCCUAUUAUUUCUGAGGAAAAGUAUCGUUGCCUAUUUAAGCAAUUUCUUCAGAUGUUUGGAAUUGACGUCAUGGUAGAGCCUGAAAUAGAUACAGAAUCAACAGAGAUUUUUGGGAAGAAAGUUUCAGUAAAGGCAGAUAUUGUGUGCUUUAGUCCAAAAGAUGUGAAGAAAUACACUGUGGCAAUUUGUGAGGUGAAAAAGGAAUGCACUUUCAUGGAAGAAGAGACAGGAGUCACAGGACCAUCACUACAGAAAUUCAGAAGAACAGAAGAUUCUCCACAGAGAUCCCAGAGCUACCAUUUACCUGAUGGGUUACUUGCGCAACAUGUCGGUGACCUUUUGACCUACCUGGACAAAUCAAUAUGUAAUGGGGCAAUAUUAGGAAUGACUGUGGAAAAAACUAUGGUUACAUUUACAAGGUUAUCUGUGGCAGAUGAAACAAUGGAAAAACUUCAAAGAUCACAUGCUUCAGUGAAAUUAAAAGAAGAAGAAAGACCUGUUCUUUACUACAGUAAACCUUAUAAUUAUUUGCUGCUGGAGGAUAGAAAAGAAAUCGUAAAAGCACUUCUGACUCUUACUGUGAUGGAAAAAAGGCGAGCAAAAAAGUCUUGAUA